UCGAAGGGCGGCCGACACGGCAAUAAACAAUUACUUAAGGCAGUGUUACGCGCGCGGCACACCCACGCAUUAGCCCAAGUAGAAUGCCGCACCCAUCCGCGAUCGUGGGCUUGGUUCCUCCAUUAGUACACCGCACGGAUGUGUAUAUGAUGGAACACAGGUUGUCAGGGGGCCAGGUGGAAGGAAGGAAGAACGGAAGGAAUGUGCGACGAGUCGUGACCGGCGGAAGGCGGCCAGUCGACGAUACAUUUCCGGCAGGCAGGCCACUUGGAGCAAGUUUGCCCCUUGGUCGUGGACAAUACUGUGGGCGAGGACCGCUCGUUACACGCUACAUGGCCACGAAGGAUAUGGACAGACGAGCGGCCUCCGAGCAGUUGGCAUUCGUGACACGCACCAUCGAUGACACGAACCGCCAUGGGAUCCGAGCGAAUUACGAUUCUCCAUGGGCGCAUUUAUGCCCCGGAAUCGAUGACGAAUCACCACCGUGUUUAAGGCAACAUUUCCAUUUUCGUCACAAUGAUCGACCUCGAUGAACAAACGCGUGUAAAGAACAACUGAAGCGAAGAAAGAAGUUAUUUCGAUGGUUUCGAAAUAGCCGGAAAUAGGAUUUCGAAUAAAUUAUGGUUAAUCGAACGUAGUUCCUCGAAUCAUGUACGAGCCAUGCGAAUAUUUCAAACGCUUCAUUAGAACGAUUCAAUCUUGUGAAAAAGGAUAGGAAUCGUCCGCUUUAUCGUGGCCUAUUAAAUAUACUUUUUUGAGGUUAGGUUAAGAAUAAAGUUUCGUGAAGAUGGAAAAGAAUUUUAUUUUUCG